CUACUAAUUGGCCUUAAUAUUUCAAUACUGUCUGCAUGAUAGCACUCCUCCAACGCUCUCUUUGACGAUAUAUUCAGGCAUCUGUCUGGAUUGUCAUCGUCUUUCUCCACUGACUUGGAUCUGUCGUUUCUCGUCUUGUUGUGAUACCAUUGCUACCCUUGAUACCCUGUCCGUAUUCAAUUGUCAUCGAUUGUACACCUUAUCAUGGAAGGCAUGCAUUCCCCCGAACCUUGGUACUUGACCAUCGUCCGCACCCAGGGCAUUCUCUAUGUUCGUCCAGAGAAGUCAUGGCGACCAAUUGUCUCCCUGACUAUCGACGGUCAUCAUACACACGAGAUUACACUUGGGUGUGAUGGGCAAAAUCCUAACCUGAAGACUCCGUUCAUUCUACGGGACCUUGAUAUUACCAGUCAUCUUGACUUCAAGGUAUUUCACAAGUCGCAAAGCAAAAACCGCAAGAAACGGAAUCUAGUUGGCUCCGCCUAUGUAGCUGUUGGAGAUAUUCUUCGACGGCAGCAUAGACCUAACUCGAAUCUCGACCUUCGCUUGACAUGUCCUCCACCUCAGAAGCGUAGUCCCACAAUUGGUGGUACCCGCAAACUGAAUACCGCCACGCUUACUAUCCGACUUCGUACACCUGCACCGCUACCAUCAUCAUCGUCGGUAACUGCUGUCGAUUCUGCACCAUUAUCCCACGAUGAAGAUGAAGUGUUCUCAGAUAUGAUGUCAGACGACCCACCUGGCUCGCCUGAACAUGACCCUCCCGCACCUGUGCAACUAAAUCCCGUCAAUGAAGAAGGAUCAUGUCUCCUUCGAAACAGGCGGAAACGUCAGAAGCUCAAACCCUACUGCCUCAAUACUUCAGAUGAAGAGCCAUGCUCUUCAUCAGAAUCGUCGUGUUAUCCCCCGUCACCGGUUGACCAACAAGAUUCCUUCCCUACCAUCUAUGAUGGUGAAAAAAAUACUUCUGUGGAUACGUUACGACGUCUUGACGAGAGUGAAGUUACGUUUGUUGCAUCUCACUCCGAAGAACAAUGGAAGGAAGAGAUGGUCGAGAUUUUACCGAGGGUCUUGCCUCAGUACGCUGAUCAGAUGAGUUUGAGUGGGUCGCUGUCAUUGGCAGAGUCUGUUGUGGAUCGCUUCGCCCCUUAUAAAGAGCUAUGUGAGGCGACGGCGGACUCUGAUUUUGAAAAGGUUUUAGGGAAGUUGUUGACGGAAUGGUAUGUUGUUGGUGCUUCGCUGCUUGCCGUUGCUGGACUCAACGCUGCCGUUUUCGGUUUCGAGUCGGAUGCCAUGUUUACUAUAGAUGGUAUUGCUAAACGUUCGAUUGCGAUAGGUAGUAUAGCAGCAGGGAUAGGUAUCGUUGUCGAUGCCUGGUUCCUUGUGGCGUACAGUGGCACAAACGUUGCCAAGUUUAAGAGGCUUGCGCUUGACGUGUACCAAACGUACUUCUUCUUUUGUCUUACCUGUCGCUUACCGACUCUCUGCAUGUUCAUCUCGGCGUGCGCCUUGAUGGCCUUCCUCUUCUCUGUCGCUUGGGAGGCUUGGCCGACUGCCGUACUAGUCAUGUCUUUCAUCGCAGGGAUACUCGUCAGCUUACAAUACCUCAUCUUUGGCGUUCAUCGGUUCGUCAAUAUGAUGGUAUGGGUUCUGAAGUGUAUCUGGUGGAAGGCUUGUGGGCUGGUACGGACACCCGCUCCCGCUCCUGAGCCUCAAUCUGGACCCCAAAUGCCAGUGCCUCAGGUCUUGGCACCCGCCGUCGUCCGAGGGUGACAAACUGACAAACAUCCUUCGAUGGUGUUUGGAUUUCUUCGCCUUGUCCGCGAGUAAUCGCCCGAAAUCGUGUAAUUCUAUCACCCCGCUCCUAACAGCCGCUCAGCGGCCCUGUUUUGAAUGUCCUACGAUUUGACAGUAACAGAGCCAGGAUUUCGAAACAUCAUUGUUACUGUAUCGGAUCAUCGAGUAGUACAGGCAAUGCGCGCAUAGUAAAAACAAUGGAAUUUGCAUUUUGAGGAGAUGACAGCCAUCCUCGCCGUGCUUACUGUAUCAUGCCUGCGGAACUGUAAACACCAUUAGAACACAGUGGUUUCAUUAGAUGACCGAAAUAACUUAACUUACUCGGUGGGAUAUCC